AUGGGUGAUCAUCGUGGAAAGACAGUAUUAAUCCCUCGGAUAGCCUUGGACACCGUGACCAAGACCUUACCUGUCAAGUUACGGAGAUUACAGUUUCCAGUCAGGUUGGCAUUUGCUUUGACAAUUAACAAAGCGCAAGGUCAGUCUCUUGACAAUGUAGGGAUUGACCUUUCAUCACCGGUCUUUGGACACGGUCAAUUAUAUGUCGCUUUCUCAAGAGCGACUCAUCCUGGAAGAUUAACGGUGCUAUUGGAGGAUUCUAGAUAUGGAUUGGAACGGAAGGUUAAGAACGUGGUAUAUAGUCGGAUGGUUGAAUUGUAUUAG